ACCAAUAUAGCACCUCCGGUUUAAUAGAAUCUAGGAAACACACAAAGAAGAGAGAAUCAGUGAAGAAGGCAGAGCAAACGAAAAAAACAAAAUGGAUCAAUCGCAGCGAGCAGUCGCUGCUACGCCUUCGUCGUCUUCUCGAUCGUACCAAUUCCACCCUGCUCGUGCUGCAAUUAUCGAUCUCUUCAAUCUCUACUUAGGGAGAGGAAGCCGUCAAAAUCCCGAUGAGUCUCACCGAGAUCAUCCGAACAAAUCACAGAAGCGUGUUCAUGCUCCGAAUAGAGACCUGCCCCCGAGAAACGAGCAAUUCAUUUUGGAUUUUGAGCAGCUUCAGAGCCAGUUCAAUGAUCCAGAGCAACUGAGGACGAUUACGGAGUCAGUUUUGAUAUCUCUGGUGGUGCAAUGUAGUAAUCAUGCGCCUCGUGCUGAGUUUCUUCUCUUUGCCUUGCGUACAUUGUGUAGGAUUAGUCUUAUCAAUUGGGAUACUUUUUUGCCAUCCCUUCUCUCUUCGGUUUCUGCUGCUGAGGCGUCGAUAAGUCAAGGUGCUCAAGCAGCAGCAGCAGCGGCGGCAGCGGCUGGUUCUUCUGCUACUUCAUCACAGUCUUUAGUUCCUGUAUCUGCAAAUAAUAUCCCUAGCUCGUCAAGUUAUCAUUCCACCAAUCCAACGUCGUUGUUGCCUUCAGCUCAUGGUAUUGGUUCUCCAUCAGCUUCAGGGAAUGAGCUGGGUUCCGUAACUACUUUCGCACAGGCUAAAUCUUUGGAGAAUGGGCAGCAGAUUGCAAGGGCAAGCCAGACUGUAAGAGAGAAUGCUAUGAGAAAUAAUCAACGGAUAAGAGCUGCUGCUAUAAACAGUCUGCGCCAGCUCAGUUGCAAGAUUAUCUUGAUUGGCGUUGAAUUUAAUCUCAAACCCGUUACUCAUGCCGAGAUUUUCCAGUAUAUGAUGAAUUGGCUUGUGAACUGGGACAGGAGAGAUCUGGGAACUGAGGACUCUGCUAGAAAAUCGUGGAGAUCUGAGAAGACUUUAGCUGAAUGGUUACGGAGUUGUUUGGAUGUGAUCUGGCUUUUGGUAGAAGAGGGUGAAUCUCGAAUUCCGUUUUAUGAGUUAUUGCGCAGCGGUCUACAGUUUAUAGAGAACAUACCGGAUGAUGAAGCCUUGUUCACUCUUAUCAUGGAGAUACACCGGAGGCGAGAUGCAAUGGCCAUGCACAUGCUCAUGUUAGACCAACAUCUUCACUGUCCAACAUUUGGUACCCAUCGUAUAAUGUCCCAAACAGCUGCCAAUGUUUCAGUCGAAGCUGUGCCACACUUUCGACAUUCACCAAUUACUUAUCCAAGUGUGCUUGGGGAACCUUUGUAUGGAGAGGAUCUGGCAAUGUCUAUUCCAAAAGGAAGCCUUGAUUGGGAGAGAGCAGUUCGUUGCAUUAGACACGCUAUUCGUACUACGCCGUCACCGGACUGGUGGAAGCGUGUUCUUGUUGUGGCCCCUUGCUAUAGACCAUCAUCACAAGCAGGGCCCAUCCCUGGUGCUGUUUUUACUUCUGAGAUGAUUUGCGAGGCAAUUAUUGACAGGAUUGUUGAGCUUCUUAAGCUAACCAACUCAGAUGCAAAUUGCUGGCAAGAGUGGCUGGUUUUCUCGGAUAUUUUCUUCUUUCUAAUCAAAAGUGGGUGUACUGAUUUUGUUGAUUUCAUUGAUAAGUUGGUUUCACGCCUUAAUGGUGUUGAUAACCAUAUUCUUCGGACAAAUCAUGUGACGUGGCUGCUUGCACAAAUAAUACGCGUGGAGCUUGUGAUGACUGCUUUGAACACAGAUCCUAAAAAGGUGGAGACUACUAGGAAGAUCUUAUCAUUUCACAGGGAAGAUAGAAAUUCUGAUCCCAAUAAUCCUCAGAGUGUGUUGCUUGACUUCGUAAGCAGUUGUCAGAAUCUACGGAUUUGGUCACUAAGCACAAGUACUAGGGCAUACCUAAACAAUGAACAGCUGUUGAAGGGAAAACAAAUCGAUGAGUGGUGGAGAAGCAAAGGAGAGCGCAUGAUGGAUUAUAUGAAUAUGGAUGAUAGGUCGAUUGGCAUGUUUUGGGUUGUUUCCUACACCAUGGCACAACCAGCAUGUGAAACAGUUAUAAAUUGGUUAUCUUCAGCUGGCAUGGCUGAGUUGCCGGGAUUACAGCCAAACGACAGAGUAAUGAUGACGCAGGAAGUGACACCGUUACCUAUGUCAUUGCUAUCUGGCUUUUCAAUGAAUUUGUGCUUGAAAUUGGCCCUUCAGAUGGAAGAAGCUUUGUUUGUUAGCCAGGUUGUUCCUAGCAUUGCAAUGGUUGAGACAUACACAAGAUUGCUGCUGAUUUCCCCUCACUCGAUGUUCCGUUCACAUUUCAGUCAAUUGGCCCAGCGAAAUGCUUCUCUACUAAGCAAGCCUGGGGUGACGUUGCUUGUUCUAGAGAUUCUGAAUUAUCGUUUGCUUCCGCUCUACAGAUACCAAGGAAAGAGUAAAACUUUAAUGUAUGAUGUUACUAAAAUAAUCUCUGCAUUGAAAGGAAAACGUGGUGAUCACCGUAUAUUCAGACUAGCUGAAAACUUAUGCAUGAAUCUCAUUUUAUCACUCAGAGACUUUUUCUCUGUGAAACGGGAGGGAAAAGGGCCAACUGAAUUCACUGAAACAUUAAACCGCAUAACCAUCAUGACUCUUGCUAUCACAAUCAAAACACGUGGUAUUGCAGACGCUGAUCAUUUGGUUUACCUGCAAACCAUGUUGGAACAAAUACUUGCGACGAGUCAGCAUACAUGGUCAGAGAAAACGCUGCGACAUUUCCCAUCCCUUAUCCGUGAUACUUUAAUUGGACGAGUAGACAAGAGGGGACUAUCAAUUCAGGCGUGGCAACAGGCUGAGACAACUGUGAUAAACCAGUGCACUCAGCUUCUCUCACCAUCUGCUGAACCCGCGUACGUUGUGACAUACCUCGGUCACAGUUUCCCUCAACACCGUCAGUAUCUAUGUGCUGGUGCUUGUCUGCUGAUGCAAGGUCACGCUGAUAACAUCAACAGCGCAAAUCUGGCACGGGUUCUGAGAGAAGUUUCUCCUGAAGAAGUCACUGCUAACAUAUACACUUUGGUUGAUGUUUUGCUUCACCACAUUCAUGUAGACCUUCAGCAAGGACAAUCUUUAGAGGCAGUUCUAGAUAAGGCAGGCGCAAAUCUUGCAUUUUUCUUCUGGACACAUGAAAUGCUUCCUCUCGACAUUUUUCUUUUGGCGCUCAUUGACCGUGAUGACGAUCCGCACGCCUUGAUAAUUGCAAUGAACCUACUUAGAACGCCAGACCUUCUGCUGAGGAUUAAAAACUACUGCCAAAACCGUGGAUCUCCUGAGCACUGGCUUGUCACACAGGUGUUCAAACGCAAUGAACUCCAGAAGGCCCUUGGUAACCAUCUUUCUUGGAAGGAUAGGUACCCAACGUUCUUUGAUGAUAUUGCAGCGCGUUUGCUUCCAGUUAUCCCUCUAGUGGUCUACAGGCUCAUUGAGAACAAUGCGAUGGAGCAAGCUGAUAAUCUUUUGCUUCAACACUCGCAUUUUCUAGCUUAUCAUCCUCUCAGAUUCACGUUUGUCCGUGACAUACUCGCUUACUUCUAUGGUCAUCUUCCUGGGAAACUUGUCCUGCGCAUGCUUAAAGUACUUGAUCUCAGCAAGAUUCCAUUCUCUGAAUCGUUCCCGCAGUACAUUAGCCCUGCUGGUGCCGCUGUAUGCCCACCUUUAGAUUACUUUGCCACUCUUCUGCUUAAUCUCGUAAACAACGUUAUACCUCCACUUAGCAGCAGCAGCAACUGCAGCUCGAGGUCUGGCUCAAUGGCAGACAUCUUAAACAGCUCAGCAAGACCUCCUCAUGGAAAAACUCCAGGAACAUCUCAGCCUGGACCAGCAAAUGCCUCUGAGGGCCAGAAAGCAUUCUAUCAGAUCCAGGACCCAGGAACUUACACUCAAUUGGUUCUUGAGACAGCCGUGAUCGAGAUCCUCUCGCUUCCCGUCUCUGCUGCUCAGAUUGUCUCUUCGCUUGUCCAGAUAAUUGUCAACAUACAAUCGACUCUCAUUCAAUCUGGAAAUGGGUUCCACGGUGCUGCAAACGGGGUGGGGCAAGGUUCAGUGCUGCCAACGUCUCCCUCAGGAGGGAGCACGGACUCCAUGAGCGCUAGCCGGUCCACUUGUCUGAUUCCUGGUAUCAACACGGCGAGCUUUGUCUCUAGAAGCGGUUAUACAUGUCAGCAACUGUCGUGUCUGUUGAUACAAGCUUGUGGGCUUUUGCUGGCUCAGCUCCCUCCAGAUUUUCACAUGCAGCUUUACUUGGAGGCAUCACGUGUGAUAAGGGAAACAUGGUGGCUUAAGGAUGGGAAGAGAUCACAAGGUGAACUAGACUCGGCUGUUGGCUACGCUUUGAUGGAUCCUACAUGGGCUGCUCAGGACAACACCUCUACUGCCAUAGGAAAUAUAGUCGCCUUGCUUCAUGCCUUCUUCAGCAACCUCCCACAAGAAUGGCUUGAUGGCACGAAUGCCAUCAUCAAGAAUCUCCGGCCUGUGACAUCUGUCGCAAUGCUCAGAGUUGUAUUCCGUAUUAUGGGGCCACUGCUUCCGAGGCUUGCCAACACACAUACGCUCUUUAACAAGACGCUAACCCUUCUCUUAACCGCGUUGGUCGAUGUUUUUGGAAAGAACGCACAGACAACAGCCCCUGUUGAAGCAUCCCAGAUCGCAGAUCUUAUUGAUUUCCUACACCAUAUUAUUCACUACGAGGGACAAGGAGGAGCUGUUCAAACUAGCAGCAAGCCGAGACCAGACAUCUUGGUAUUAAUCGGAAGAGCAGCAGACUCUCUCCGACCAGAUGUACAACACCUUCUCGCUCACCUCAAAACCGACCCCAAUUCUUCGAUAUACGCAGCUGCUCAUCAGAAUACUGCAAAGACCAACACCUCUUAAUAUACACCAAGAUGGUAAUGCGUGUCAGUGGUGGAAGUAAAGUCGUAGAGCAAUAAAAACACAGAAGAAGAUUGCUUACAUUGUGUAUAACAUUUUUUCCUCUUAUUUAUGAAAUCUAGAGUUUAAAUAAUCGUUA